AUGGCAGGCAAAGGCAUGGUGCCCAUUCUCGUGGGCAUGAUGCUGUUGACAGGAUGCUGCAACACACUGCUCACCAAGUACCAAGACAUGCAAUGCGUGCGCAACUGCGACUCUCCGAACCCCAAAAACCGGCAGCACUUCGAGCAGCCUGUGCUCCAGACGCUGCAGAUGUUCAUUGGCGAGAUGGGCUGCUGGCUCGUCAUCGGCCUGUUCUCGCUCUGGACGCGCUACGCCGGUGCACGCGCAGGCUACGAAGCUAUCCCCGACAACGACGGUGUCGAGACACCAGCGAGCGACGAGAGCGAGGGAAGGGACGUUGCGAAUCCGCUCAAGCCUGCGCAUCCCGACGAUGAAGGCAGGAUUCCGCUCGAGGGCAGGAGCGUAUUUCUGCUUGCGCUGCCAGCGUGCUGCGAUAUCGCUGGUACCACGCUGAUGAACGUGGGACUGCUGUUCGUGGCAGCGAGCAUCUACCAGAUGACACGAGGAGCGCUGGUGCUGUUUGUUGGCCUGUUCAGCGUGUGGUUCCUGAAGCGCCAUCUGGGACUGUACAAGUGGUUCUCGCUCUUUGUCGUAGUCUUCGGCGUCGCCAUCGUUGGACUGGCAGGCGCAAUCACAAAGGACGACAAGGCAACGCCCGGCCACAAGGCGGCUCACUCCGAUAUGGUAGCUAUGGAUGUUGCGCCCCCCAUGUCUCAGGCGCUCAUGACCGUCAUGGGCGUGCUGCUCAUCGCCGGUGCGCAGAUCUUCACGGCCACGCAGUUCGUGCUCGAGGAGAGGAUCAUGGAGAAGUACGCCAUGGAGCCCAUCAAGGUUGUGGGCUGGGAAGGCAUCUUCGGGUUCCUGGUCACCACGAUCGUGAUGAUUGUCCUGCACUUCGCCGUCGGCACUGGUUAUUUCAACGCGAAGGAGGGCCUGUACGAAAUGACGCACUACAAGGGCAUCGCCGUCUCCUCCCUUCUGAUCAUGAUCAGCAUUGGUGGCUUCAACUUCUUCGGUCUGUCGGUGACACGCACCGUUUCAGCCACAUCGCGCUCGACCAUCGACACGUGCCGUACGCUGUUCAUCUGGGUCUUCUCGCUCGGCCUCGGCUGGGAGACAUUCAAGUGGCUUCAGGUCUUGGGCUUUGCUUUCCUUGUGUAUGGAACGUUUCUUUUCAACGAUCUGAUCAGGCCGCCGCUGAAGGCGCAAUUGCGACGUCGCAUACGCAAGAACGAAAACGCAGGCUAA